UGUUUAGUCAGUUAUUAAUUGUUGCAUUUUUCUUGAUACUUUUUGGAUUUUAUUUUUGGAUAAAACAAAGCAGAAAAGAAAGCGAAAUCCCUAAUUUUUCGUCACUUCCAUUCAUUUAUACUUUAAUCAAGUUAAGGUUAACCAAGAGUAAAGAGCAGAGAGAAAACGAAUAUCAUCCUGGAGUAUGGUUUAACAAUACUGUUAAUUGUUGGUGCAAUAUCUACAAAGAUGAAAAAAUAUAUCAAAUUCGAUGGAACUUCCUUAAAGUUGUAAUGAUUUAUUGUCCAGAAUUUGCUGAAGUAGUUUUAAACAACAGUGAUCUUGUCGAUAAGAAUUGGCCCUAUAACUUUUUGCAUGGAUGGUUAGGAACUGGAUUGCUGACGAGUUCUGGGACAAAAUGGAGAAAUCGAAGAAAAUUGUUAACGCCAGCUUUCCAUUUCCGAAUUUUGGAUGAUUUUAUUUCUGUUUUUAAUCGGCAUUCGUGUACUUUAGUUAAAAAGUUAGAAAAUUCUAAUGGCCAAGAGAUCAAUGUGAUAUCUUUUGUUUCACUUUGUACCUUAGACAUUAUUGGAGAUUCAGCAAUGGGAGUGCAUCUGAAGGCUCAAGAGUUCUCUGAUUCCAAAUAUGUUCAAAAAGUCAAGAACAUUUCGCAUUGUAUCAUGACGCGAUCUGUAAAUCCUUGGUACUGGUUCAACACUAUAUUCUAUUUAAGUAAAUUAAGAAAGUUGAAUGAAAAAUGUUUGAAAACACUUCAUACAUUUACGAAAAAUGUAAUAAAAGAAAAGAAAGUGGAAUUAACAGAACGAUUGAAAAAUGAAUCUGUGGAAGAAGAGAUGAUUGGAUUUAAGAGUAAAAAGAAUAGAGCAUUUUUGGAUUUGUUACUUUAUCAUCAUUUAGUUAAUGGCAAUCUCAGCGAAGAAGACGUUCGAGAAGAAGUCGAUACUUUUAUGUUUGAGGGUCACGAUACCACGGCUAUGGGUAUUAGCUGGACAUUGUAUUUUCUCGGUUUGUACAAAGACAUACAGAAUAAAGUUUAUGAAGAACUUUUUGAAAUAUUUGGCGAUGAUAAAGAACGGAGCAUUACUUCUGGAGAUGUGAAACAAAUGAAAUAUCUAGAAUGUGUAAUAAAGGAGAGCAUGAGAUUGUGUCCUCCGGUUCCUUUCAUUGCGCGAUACUGCAACAAAGAAAUAAAUAUUGGUGAAUAUAAAGUCUCAAAGGGAAGUACAUUUUUAAUUUGCAUCAACAACAUUCAUCGAGAUCCUAACGUAUUUCCUAAUCCAGAACUGUUCGAUCCCGAUAGAUUUCUUUUAGAAAAUAGUUCGGGAAGAAGUCCUUUCGCUUAUAUUCCAUUUUCUGCAGGACCCAGAAAUUGUAUAGGUCAGAAGUUUGCUUUGAUGGAAGAAAAAAUAGUUCUUGCCAACGUUAUACGAAACUUUAAAUUCACUUCGAUGCAACAAAGGAAUGAAUUACUAAUGGAUUCUUCUUUAAUCCUUCGACCUUUGAAUGGAAUUAAAAUGAUUUUUGAAAAGAGAUGAAACACAAUCUGUAUCAAUCAGCGAAGAAUUCAAAUUGUAACAAUAACGUUGAUUUUAACUGCCAUAAAGUGUAAGUCCCGUUUUGUAUACCGUAUCAACCAAAUUUUAUAUUUUGUAAAUCAAAGAUAUUUUUUAAUAGAAAUUAAAACAUUGCUUAGAUGUAAAA